AUGACGAAGAAGCGAAAGUAUGACGAGGGGCAACUGCAAAAUCUAAGAAGUUCAGACUUUGAGCGUGAAGUCUUUGGGAAAUUGGUUCUAAAUUUCUUUCCCCGCAUUGGUUUGAAUCCUGUCGACUCAAUUAUGAUAAAAGCAAAAUUUAGAAGUACUGAGAUUGCAACAUUAUAUGCUCGUAACAUCCCUGGUUGCAUACAAGAGGAGCAAUUAAGCAAUUUAUUUUCGUUAAAUGGUACUCUUACCAUUAAGAAAGUUAAGAAACUGAAUGACUUUGCCUUUAUACAUUUUUAUACAAGAUGUGAUGCUGAAAUAGCUUUGGAGAGAAUAAAUGGUGUUAAUUUAGCUGGGUGUAUUAUUGAAGUGACUUGGGCUAAACCUGUGUUACAGAACAAUAAAAAGCGUAAAAGUGAAAGUGUUGUACAUUUGAAAGAAGCAAUUUCAGGCAGUCUUGCUCAGUUACCCCACAAUGAAUUUAUAUCUGCUGGUGAAUCUCAUUUGGCUAAGAGUCCUAUUCAGCUUCUGUCACAUAUUUGUUUUGAAAAUGGGUGGGGUAACCCAAUAUUCAGAAUUUUAUCUGUGGAGAAUGCUUCAACCCAGGAUGGUGCUGUAUUUGUUUCUUUGGUGGUCAUUCCUAAUUAUCCCCAUGCGGUGAAACACUUUAUUUCUAAUACAAAGUUUUUAUCUCCAAUUGAAGCAAAACGUCAUGCUGCUGAAAUUGCUUUAAGAAAUAUUAAAUGCCUUGGUGACAGAACUGGUAGAUACAUAAUACCUUUGGAAGAAAUGCCAGUCACCCACGUAGAUAAUUUGAUUGGAAGAGGUGUGCCUAUGUCUGGGCCACAUCAUGGAUGUAAUGAUUCUUUCUCCUGUAAUAUUUAUGAGAAUUCUGUGACAGAAAUCCUUCCUUCUGGAGAUCCACUUAAUCUUUUGUCAAUGGCAAUAUCCUUGGCUAAAUUUGAACUGCAAACCAAAGUGUGUUCUGUUCCAAAUCAAACAAAUGAACUUUUGUAAUACUGCACAAUUUGAUCACAAUGAUUUUAUUUUUAAUUUACUGUGUGUUGCACAGUUUUUAUGUAUUUUAUUGUUUGCUGCACAGUUUUAAUGUAUUUUGAUUUUAGUGUUAUUGUUUAUUUUAUGAGAGUAAUUUUUCUUUUGAGAUAAAGAAUUAAUUUAACAUAUGACUGCGUAAGUGCAAUUGAUUUUCUCAAAAUGCUUCAUUAUAAAUUUAAUUGUAAACUGAUGUUCUCAUUAUGGAUUACAAAUUUACCUACUUUGAAUUUAAAGCAUCAGCAGAAUAUAUUUCAGUUUAAUAUUUGAUCACAUAUUUUUAAACUGAUAGUUAUUUAUGGCACAAGUCAGACCAAAUAAUUGACAGUUAUUAACUACUACUGGCAUUAUUAACAUUGUAUUUCGAAUAUAUAAGUAAUUGCAACACAAAUAUUCUGAUUUUAAUUUAUUUGAAUUAUAUUUCCUUUUUCAAUUGUUGAUGUAUCUGACGAAAUUCUUGUGUUUUAUAAUUAAUGGUUUAUUAAAUGAAAUGUGGAACAUAAUUUCAUUUUGAAGUUUUGUUUAAAUAAAAAUUCUUUCAGCAGUUUUCACGAAUUUAUUUAUUUACAUUUUGUAACAUAAGGUGAUUUUAUUACAUUCAAAUGUAAGAUGGAUUUAUUUGGUAAUUUGAAAUACUUUAAAUAUAAUAAUGAAAUAUAAAGUGAUUUUAGUUGACCAAUCAAUUAUGGU